AUGCUCCACGUCAAUCCAGGGAAGUUCUGCUCCAGUGUUGUUGUUUCGGUACGACGUCCUCACGAUGCGUGUGUGUGCGUAUUUAUGUGGAAGGGGAGGACCGUGGAUAAAUAGAGCUCACAGUCAUCUCCUGUGCGUAAACGCGUAGAGCGCUGGACCUGGCUGCGACACGAAGCCUUCGGGUUGGCUGUGAAUUAAUGGAAACAUUUACAUGAAUUAAUUAGCAUAGAAAAAAAAAGAUCAUUUUUCAUUUUCAUCGUUUAGGCUAAAACACCGAGAUAGUUUUCAUUGCGCAAAAUGGAUGAAGAUAAACGGCUAUUAAAUGGAAAUAAGUGACAUUUGUCAAAUGUGGACGUUCAUUCUUGGACUAACGGAAGAUUCAUAUUUUGCUGUACAGUCUGUCAGAGAGAUGCCUUAGCUGUUUCUGAGGAUGCUUUGAACUUUAUCAAGGAUUUUUCUUUUAAAGUGUUCCGUGGAGGACAUCAGAAAAACACUCCUCGAGCUUUGCGCAUUGCGUAGUCGUCAAAGAAAUGCGCUUGUCCGCUGGAUAGGCUCCGCAUAAUGUCGGGACUAAUCUCUACUGGAAAGUGUCUAUCGCACCAUGAAUGUUAUAAACACAACAGAAACAAGGAGAGUGCUUAGCAUGCCCGGGAAACGUCGACAUGAAAUGCUGGUGGCGCUCUGUGGGCUGUUUUGGGUUGUGGCGAGGAGCGGAGCAGUUUCCAGAUGUGUGGACCAUGCCUGUAGUCCACCCAUUGGGAACCUGGCUAGUGGCAGGACCCUCCUCACCCUCUCGAGCUGCUGUGGGAGCAGCUCCGGCCCCUGCCUCCAUCCUCCUGUGGCUCCCGACCUCUGCCCAGAGGACACCCACCCAUAUGCUCACAUGACUGAUGACCCCUUUUUGCAUCCUGAUACCUGGUGGGCAUCAGGUGCAGGCACUGCAAUUCAAGAGCAGGAGGAUGAGAUCUGGUUGGACCUGGAAACACAGUUCUGUCUGUCCCAUGUGGUUCUGGUGUUUAGGUCACCUCGACCUGCUGCCAUGGCCAUCGAACGCUCAGCUGACUUUGGAAAGACCUGGGAAGUUCUUAAGCUCUUUUCAAAAAAUUGCAGCUUGGAGUUUGGUUUGCCUGAUGAAUUUAAUCAGCCAGGCUCUUUGUGCACAUCCCGUUACACCAGUGCUACACCCUGCACUGGAGGGGAGGUGAUAUUACGGACACUAGACCCCAGCAGUGCCAAAAAACUGGACCUUUACAGUCCGGAGGCCCUCGCUCGCCUCACCCUCACCAACCUCAGGAUCAGACUGCUAAAAGCUCAGACCUGUCCGACACCUUUAAAUCCCCCUGCAGAACAAUCAAGCCCCACAGCGUCGGUUCUGACCUCCACAUCCACCUCAGAAAGCCCUGCCUCAGCUCCUUAUGCUAUUUAUACAUUACUGGCCAGAGGGACCUGCCUGUGCCAUGGACACGCUGAGCAUUGCGUAACACACAACAGCAGCCGGAACACAAGACAGGACAGUGACAUGGUGUCUGGCAGGUGUCUGUGUACCCACCACACAACAGGAGAUCACUGUGAGAAGUGUGCUCCGCUCUACAACGAUCGUCCCUGGAGACCUGCCAACAGCAGCAGUGGGGAAUCCAACCCAUGCCAGAAGUGCCAGUGCCACGGUCAUGCAGAUAGCUGUCACUUCUCUCAGCGGGCAUGGCUCGCCUCCGGUGGCACCAGUGGUGGCGUUUGUGAUGACUGCAGACACAACACCGUCGGGCGCAGGUGCCAGCGCUGUCGCCACGGGUACCACCGGCACCCAUCCCAGCCACUCACCUCUCCCCACGUCUGCACACGCUGCUGGUGUGAUCCACGGGGCUCUUUGCCCCCGCGUCCUGGAGAGGAAGGACCCUGGUGCCACCCUAGAAGCGGGCAGUGCCACUGCAAACCUGGUGCAGGGGGCAUAGGCUGUAGCCACUGCCUGCCCGGCUACUGGGGUUUUGGAGAGGAGGGCUGUAAAUCAUGUGCCUGCCCCCACAGCUGUGAUCCAACCACGGGGCAGUGUUUGGACAGCCACUCAAAUAAUCAGGUGUUCAAUGUGCCCAUUGGUGGAAAGAUUCCUGAUCUGGAUCACAUGUUCACAAUUGAAGAAGAGGCACAGUGGUCGAAGGAGCUUGCAGUCUCUGCUCUGCAUUACACAGGAAAGUGUAGCUGUAAGGAGAAAAAGCUGAGAAGUGUGUCUGACUUCUGUAAGACCAAACAUGACUACGUAAUCAAGGCCAGUGUGCUGUCUGCUCAUGACAAAGGCAGCCACGCAGAAGUGCAGGUCAAAGUUCGCAAGGUCCUUCAAUCAGGCCGAGUGGCGCUCUCCUUGGGGACCAUCAGCAUCUAUCCCCUGUCCUGGACCAGCCGUGGCUGCACAUGUCCUAUUCUAAACCCAGGUAUGGAGUACCUGCUAGCAGGCCCCGAGGAGGCUGGGACAGGCCGUCUGCUGGUCACCAUGCAGAGUGUGGUGGUCCCAUGGACACCAAGGCUAGGUCUAGUUAUAUCAGAGGGCCUGAGGAAUGGAUGCCCAUGAACUACACUUCAGAGGAUUUCACAAGGAAAUUUAUGAGACAGUGGACAAUUCAGAAAGGGGACUGAAAGCCACUGGACAACCCGCUGCGUCAUGCGUGGGGAAAUUAUACGAGAGUCAUACUCAUUAUUGGUAAAGGCACGCACAAUAAGUGGGUGUGCAAGCAUAAAAUAAAGACUGAGAUGAAUGAUUGUGUAGUCACAUUGAAUAAACUGUGCCUUUCAUA